AUGUGUGACAACAACCGCGACAUGGAGGGCUACAGGUUCUGGAAGCAGGGUUUUUGGAAGGACCAUUUGAGAGGAAAGCCGUACCACAUCAGCGCGCUGUACGUGGUGGAUCUGGUGCGCUUCCGGCGCAUGGCAGCGGGUGACACGCUGAGAGUCAUCUACGAGAGCCUCAGCAAGGAUCCCAACUCCCUCGCCAACCUCGACCAGGACCUGCCCAACUACGCGCAGCACACAGUACCCAUCUUCUCGCUGCCGCAGGAGUGGCUGUGGUGUGAGUCGUGGUGUGGCAACGCCACCAAGGCACGCGCCAAGACCAUCGACCUCUGCAACAACCCCAUGACCAAGGAGCCCAAGCUGCAGGGGGCGAGGCGCAUAGUGGCGGAGUGGGGGGCGCUGGACGAGGAGCAGCGGCGCUUCACAGAGAGAGUCACCCGAGGGGAGUUUGAUGACCUCCCGCCCUCCGCGCCACGUGGCACGCUGCGAUUCGCCGGCUUCCACUCAGCCCCUCGACCAGAGGAGGGGCCUGAGAGAGAGGAGGGAGAGGAGAGCGGAGAGGAGGGAGGGGAUGGAGGGGAGGAGGCCGGGGAGUGGGGGGGGUACGAGGUGGACCCGGCGUAUGAGGACUUGGAGGGGUUGGAGGAGAUUGCCGUGGAGGCUGUUGACGGCGUGGAGGAGGGAGAGGAGGGUGGGGAGGAGGAGGAUGAGGAGGAGCUUGGGCAUGAGGAGUUGUGA